UUACCCCAGGGUGUCCCCUAUUCAGAGACUUUUCUUGGGGUUUUAUUGUCUUUGCAAAUCCUCAAGCUGGCACCUGGUCCUGACAGUAUAUGAUGCUGGCUCCAUGGAUGUCCAUUGCUUUCAGGUGUUCACUGAGUUAGUCGUGACUGUGAGACCCUCCUUCCCUUAGGUGGCAGGUUUCACUUCUAAUAUUUAAUUUUUUCGCAGUAACCAUGACAGUCAGCUAGAGUGUAGCUUCCGGCAGAGACUGCACAUGAUGUUGAGAAGCCGGUCGGACACAGAGGUAUACUUGCCAAUGCCUGGGUCUGUCUGUGACCAUCACACCAGAACAACGGGGACAGCUCCAUAAAUUAUCGGUGUCAAAUGAGGACAUAGGUUGCCACUGAUUCAAUGGACAGCAGGCAGAAAUGCGCCGCCACUGGACAAAUGCAGGUUGUUUUCUGCUGGUGCAACUAUUACCUCACCUUCUAAUUGAGAUGCUGCCGUGCCCUGGGGCCUCGCUGGCCCGGUGUGCUGGGCAAUCACCUGGUGCUUAGUCACAGGUCAGGAUGAAGCUGCUGGCCGCUGUGGUGCUGGUUGCAGGCUUGGCUGGUGUCGCUGCUUGGGGAGGUGAGGCCUUCGCAGGGGAUGAACACAGGGGCACCUGCGUCUUUGAGAAGCUGACUGGCCAGGACUACAAGUUCUGCAGAGGGGACUUGGAGGUUUUCUACCCAGAACUGGGAGACGUUGGCUGCACAUACAUCCCCAAGUGCAAUCAGUACCGGAAACGGAUCAGCAAGGAGUGGCGCAGCCCAAAGAUUGCCUAUCCACAGGCUGACAAGAAUAAGAAGUAUGUGCUGAUCAUGGUGGAUCCAGACGCCCCGAACAGAGCUAAUCCAAAGUACCGUUUUUGGAGACACUGGAUUGUCAUUGACAUCAAAGGCACAGACCUGCGGGCUGGAAAACUGAAAGGCCACGUGCUAACAGACUACGGCCGCCCCACACCUCCAUCCCAGAGCGGGUACCAUCGCUACCAGUUCCGUCUGUACGAGCAGCCGGCUCACGAGGCCAUAUCUCUAAGUCCAGAGGAAGAGGCAUCUUUGGGUUCCUGGCCAAUGGAGCGUUUCGUUGAGCAGUUUCGGCUUGGAUCCCCCGUGGCUUCGACCCAGUUCCUCACUCAACAUCACAGUGACUAGAGGCAGCGUCGCUGUCUGAGGCCAGCCCCAGAACUUCCCCUCAGACAAGCAUCGCUCCUCUUGGCUUUGCAUUUCCCCGUCGGAUCGCGAGGCUCUGCAAAUGUCGCACUCAGCCUCUGCCCUCUAGAAAGUGAAUUGCUACAAAUGCUUAUACCCAUUCCGUUAUUUCCUCGUCUGCUUCCAUUCAGUACCUUGGUCACUGCUGGGGCCAGCCCGGCGCCAUCCACUGGAGCAAGUCAUAGUUCCACCAGUCUGCACAGUGCUCAGCUUUUGACCCCGGUCAACGCCACCAUAGAGAAUCAGCCCCCCACACACACCCUUUCACCUGCCUGCACUGCAGCUAGAGCCCUGCUGGUUUUUCCAGCCCCCCUGCAGAGGUGACAUGUGGUAUUUUGCACUUCCGGAAGCUGUCUUGGAGCCUGAUUUAUCCCUCCAGUGAUGCAGGUGGCAGCACAGGGCCGUGAGGAAGCAGCUUUUGCCUUCCCUAUUCAGGGGCUGCAGGGGCCAGGGCAACCUUGGGCUCGAGGGUAUUGCCUGGGGAGUGAUGCCUGCCCUCUGGCCCCUUUGCACCAGCCUUGCCUUCAACAUGCUAAGACUGUCCUCACCCAUGUAGCUAGAAACCCACCCCAAAAAUCCAGCUGGGAUUUUCUCAGCUAGGGUGUGUCCCUCUGGUUUCAGCCUGGUGUAAAGUUCCACCACUGGCUCGCACAGCAGCAGCCGCCAUAGCCGCCAUUCUAGCAGUGACACAGGUAUGAGGGGGAGAUGCUGAGUCUCUUGAAGAGACCAAUGGCCUCCAGUCUGGUCCCGGAUGGCGGUGAGCAGAGAGAGGGUCAUCCGCUUGGAGAACCAGAUUCUGAUCUCACUUGCAGCCAUCUAAGGAGUGGACCCAGUCAAACCAAUGGAAUUACACCAGUGUUUGUGAGAGCAGAAUCAAGCACGGCUCCCUAGGGCAGCCCAGAGGAUUCAGGGGGCCUGGGGCAAAGCGGGGGAGCUGCGGCGCUUGUACUCACCCAGCGGUGGUCCGGGUCUUCGGCGGCAUUUCGGCGGCGGGGGCCCUUCAGUUGCUCUACGUCUUCGGCAACACUGAAGGGCCCCCUGCCGCCGAAGACCCGGACCGCCGCCGGGCCAGGGCUCACGGGGCCCCUGCGGGGCCUGGGGCAAAUUGCCCCACUUGGCCCCCCCCCUCUGGGCAGCCCUGCAGGCCUCCCCUCCGUCCCCCCCAUAGCAGGAGCCUUUCCAAUGGCUGUACUGAAGACAGGCCUUCGCAGUGACCAUCCAGAUUUAACCCUUCCUCGAGUCCCAUGCUCCGUGGUCACCUCCCACUUCCCCAAGCAAGCAUCGUGAACUCGGCACAGCUGUGUACCAGAUGUUGUGUCUAGUACUGAAGUGACAAAGAAAUGGUCAGAGCUGGGUCCCCCUGGCUUUGUCACUGACAGGCUCCAAGCUGUGUGGUUUGGGAAUCCCACUGGGACAUAGUAGCCGAAUCCUGCCCUCCAACUCAUUUCUUCCUUUCUGGCCUAAACUCAGUGUAGCAUUUCCUGCCUCUGUGUGUGGGAGUGGGGUUUUCAUUUGGUUUGGUUUUGUCUGUGCUUUUUUUUCUUUAAUACCUGUUCCUUAUUGCAGCAAUCAGAAUAAAAUGUGCCAUUGAA